CGUGAUCUACCAUCUAUAUACGACAUCAACUUCUAUUUUUGGACUUUCAUUUGGAAACAAAAAACAACAACAUUAAUUCACUGUUAUGUCAUUCAGAAAAUUAAGCCAGCGUCAGACACCACAGCAAAGUCGUGCUCCAGUUUCGGAUGCUUUUAAAGAAUGUCAUAAAAAAGAAGGAAGUAUGGACACCAUAACAGGAAAAUUGGACCAGAUAUGUCUGACAGAGGAAAUGGCGGAUGUGUUCUUCUCAUUUCAAGGUGAAAAUAUAGUACGCAUACCGGCUCAUAAAAUGAUCCUUGCUUUGAGAAGUCCUGUUUUUAAGGCCAUGUUCUAUGGUAGCUUUCCACAAAGUGAAGGCGAUAUACGGAUCGAAGAUAUCACACUGGAAACAUUUAAAAGAUUGGUGAAAUAUCUAUAUACCGAUCAUCUUCAGCUUAGCAAAAAUUGCGUUAUUCCUUUAUUGUAUACCGCUCAGAAGUAUCAGAUUGCAGGAUUAAUCUCAAAAUGUGAGAAUUAUCUACAAGAUAAAUUAGCUGUUGAUAAUGCAUGUACACUUUUCAGUCAUGCAAAAUUUUUCACAAUGGCUAAACUUAGAACUAAUGCACUCAAAUUCAUAGCAGAUGAUGCGAUCGAUGUGUUAAAACAUGACGAUUUUCUUUUGCUCCUAUCAGAAGACUUAGUUGAUAUUCUUCAGCUUGAUUCCCUUUGUGUACAAGAAGUAGAUAUAGUACGUGCAGUUCUUAAGUGGGUGGAUCAUAAACUGACCAAGUCCAAAAACAAAAUCGACGGGAAAUCAAGACGAGCCGUUCUUCUUAAAGAUGGUAUUCUAUAUACUAUGGCAAUCCCUCUACUUUCCCUUGAGGAAUACACGUCAGUUGUCAUACCAAGUAGUAUUUUGACAGACGAAGAGCAGCUACAGAUUUUUAAAGCUAUUACAAUUCCGAAUAAUCCAUCAGCAUGCGGAAAAUUUAGUGUAAGUCCGAGAAAAGGAGGUAGGGUUGUGGAGGUGUUAGUUAACGAUAUAGUGUAUCCAGGUAAUAACCGGUCAGGUGAUAUCAAUGACAUCAUGUUUUCUGAGUAUUUGACUAAUUUACAACCUGAAAAUUUAUCUGUGAAAGCAAACAAAAGAAUCAAGAUUAAAUCAGUUACCCUCAAACCACAAUUCCAGCAACCAGGCCAGAAUAACUGCAAUUUUAAAGUUGAUAUUAAAACUGUUACCAGUGUGCAAAACAUUCUUCCUAGAAGAUCCAAUAUGUUUGACUUCCGCGAAGUUGAAAGUAGCGGUACUGAAACUGAUGAAGGCACAUUGAAUGUAACUUUUGAAGGCAGAGCUUGCAAACUUCCAAUUGACAAAGUUAUUUCAGAAAAUGAGAAAUUAGUAUUGACAAUCAAACCGUGUAUUCCUUUUGGAUAUUCUGAUAUGUGGGGAACAAACCAACACGUGAUCCCGAUCUUACCACAAAAAUACCAACUGAUAAAUGGUAUGAUGUAUCAACACGAGUUAUCUCAACAAACAACUCUUUACUUGGCUCUUACAGGCGGAAACUUAGUGGAAAGUUUUGAAGUGGUGGAAAUUUGUUGAAAUAUCUGAACAGUUAUUCUGUUUACUGGACACAUAUAAAUAUCACAAACGUUUCCUUUGAUAACUCUUUAUCAGAAUGGAUUUUGACAAUUCUAUAAUUCAAAUACAGUUGUAACCUAAGUCAAAUAAAAGUAUAUAAGAGAUGUGGAGCAUGCGCAAAUAAAUCAUGCUGUAACUCAAGAACACAAGUUUGCCAAAUGUUAACAUGUAAACAAGUUUUUUUUCAAAAUAUUUAAUGAUUUAAAAAAGUGAGCACAGCAUGAGUUUUGCACACUGUUGAAAGUCGUACCUUGAUCAAGCUACCAUCUUCGUUAUUUAGUCUCUGGUGGAUAGUUGUCUCAUUGACAACCAUACCGCAUCUGCUUUUUAUACAGGCACUUGUGACCUUCAAAUAUCUUAAUUUAGAAUGUAAGCUAUACCUCAACCUUAUCAGUCAGACCAAAGAAAAAAUUCAUAUUGUCAAGGGAAUUUGUUAAAGAACAACGAAAACGUAAUAAUAAUUCAUCGAAAAACAUUUAUCUUUAUUUUGGAAGAAAACUACAUACCAAUAUAUCGGAGCUCUGUCCCUUUUCUCCAUUUUUUAACGCGGAUUGUGUCCGAAAUCCUUAGUUUUCUGUGUACAAAUUUGUUUAUAUUUUCGUAUUUUUCAUUUUAACAUGGUUUCCCUCGUGAUAUUUUCCAGUCCGAUUGAAAACUAUUAAUAAAGAAAAAUAAUGAGAGUUGCUUAUUUCAUCGCUAGACUUCUUUUUGUGCAUAUCAUAAACUUUUAAUGCAAAUAGACUAUGUUUGGUUAACAAAGAUCAACAACAAUUACAUUUGGCUAAAUCCAUGUGUUCUGUUUCUGUAGAAUGAUAUCAUUACAAAGAUGUUCAAAAAAAGUCAAUUUCUAAAA